AUGAAUAAAUACGGGCUUGCUUGCUUUUUAGCUUAUAGAUUAUUAUUGUUGGUUUUCGCGAAUGGGUCUGGCUCGAAAGACCGAGAUGUCGGUGAUGAAUGUGAUGAUGAUGAUGGUGGUGGUGGUGGUGAUCAUGAUGGUGAUGAAGGUGAUGAAGGUAUACAUGCCCGUGAGUGGAUCACGCCGGCCACCACCACGUAUUUCAUCAACCAGCUCCUGACCAGCCAGGACGCGAACAUCACACGGCUGAGGGACCGGUUCGACUGGCGCAUCUUCCCCACAGUCAACCCUGAUGGAUACACUUACAGUUUUAACAGAGACCGCAUGUGGCGAAAGACCAGAUCAAGGUCAAGCAUGUUCUGCUACGGAGCUGAUCCGAACCGCAACUGGGAUUACAAUUGGCUGAAACACGGCGCUACAAGCAACCCAUGUGACUACCAAACGUACGGUGGUCCCAAGCCAUUCUCGGAGAAGGAGACCAGAUCACUGUCAGCUUACAUCUCGAGUUUGGAGAACCUCCUUGCUUACAUAGCGUUCCACUCCGAUGCUCAGAUGCUGCUCACCCCGUACUCAGAUUCUGUGGAACAUGUGGACAACUACAACGAUCUGAUCCGAAUUGGGAAAACUUCAUUAGAGUACGGCGAAAGGGUCAACGGAGAGAAGUACGACGGACCGGGGACAGCUGCGGAACUUUUGUAUAAAGCAUCGGGCGGCAGUAUGGACUGGGUGCGUAACAAACUAGGCACACCCAUCGCAUACACGUAUGAAUUGCGCGGGACAUACUUCCACUGGCCUCCCAACAGGAUCCACGAGCAAGGGGAUGAAGUUACUCAGAUGCUGCUUGGACUCUUCACGGAAGCGGAGCAACUUGGUUAUUUUUAA